AGGACUCCCAAGCCUUUAUAUAUACAUAUAUUCUCCCAAGACAAAACAAUAAAGAAGACUAUCUAGUCUUUCUCUCUUCUCUCCCCCUCCUAAUUAAGCUCUCCACUUCCACAACGAAAAACAAAAAGGAGCACAAGAACAACCUUAAACAUGAAUAUGGUGCAGACAUUGUUGGUCGUCAUUCUGGCAUCCUUUUUGCAGGUGUCUAUGGGAGGUGUGUACAAGGUAGGAGGUGGUGCUGGUUGGACUACGAUUGGCAAUGUUGAUUACAAGCAAUGGGCUGCUGCCAACACCUUUGAAAUUGGUGAUGUUGUUGUGUUUGAGUACAAUCCUCAGUUCCACAACGUGAUGCAAGUCACUCACGCUAUGUACAAGUCGUGCAACGCUUCAUCCCCCAUCGCAACUUACACCACCGGCAAUGACUCCAUAACCAUCAAGAGCGGCGGCCACCACUUUUUCCUGUGCGGCGUCCCCGGCCACUGCCAGUCCGGCCAGAAGGUGGACAUCAAUGUUGUUCGUGCCUCCGCUCCUUCACAAUCUCCCCUUCCGACUGUGGCGGUGCCUGCGCCUUCUCCCGGUGGGGCUGCCGCCUUAUAUGCAGCAUUUGGAAAGUCUGUUUUUGCGGCUUUUAUCUGCAUUAUCUUUGCUUGAGGAUAAUGAUGAAUCUGCCGUUAACUUAAUUUCUUGGUUUUUCUAGCUUAGAUGUUUCGUCAUGUCUUGGGAUUUCUAGAGUAAUUGUAGGGUUGGAAAUUGGAAAACAUUGUUGCCAUACAAAAAUAAAUAAAUAUUCCAAUGAAUUUUGCUCUCUA